GAGACGAGAAAACCAGAUUAGAAACAGUACUUGCCGAACUCGGGUGCAGGCUAUAUAUGACCAAACUUCCCUCACAAAAAGCAGCCACUUGUUGCCUUUAACCCGACCGGUCAGAGAUCGCACCGUGCGUUCCCGCGAGAGCGUGGUCUCCAGAGACAAACAUUUGCCUUAAAGGCACUGGAGAUAUGAACACCGUCGACGCGCAGGUCCACAACAAUAGUAACGCCGCUGUCAACCCUCUCCAGCAACUGCCAAAAAGCGCGCACGAGACACCGGAUAUGGCCGUGUAUUGUGACAACUUCAGUGUUUACCACCAACAGAGUCUACCUGCGGCGCAGAGACCAGCGGGCUACGGCCUGGGGGACUACGCGACCCCAAACCCAUACCUGUGGCUCAACGGACCCGGCGUCAACUCCUCUUCGUCUUACAUGCAUGGCAACAACAGCCCGUCGUUCAUCCCUCCGGCGUACGGUUCUCAGAGGCAGUAUCUCGCCAACUCCCCCGGGUUCGCCGGGCCGGACCUGGGCUGGCUCUCCAUCGCGAGCCAGGAGGAACUGUUGAAGCUCGUGCGCCCGCCCUACUCGUACUCGGCUCUGAUAGCCAUGGCGAUACAGAACGCGCACGAGAAGAAGUUAACGCUCAGCCAGAUAUACCAGUACGUGGCGGAUAACUUCCCGUUUUAUAAGAAGAGUAAGGCGGGAUGGCAGAACUCCAUCAGGCACAACCUUUCCCUGAACGACUGCUUCAAGAAAGUGCCGCGCGACGAAGACGACCCAGGCAAAGGAAACUACUGGACUCUAGACCCCAACUGUGAAAAGAUGUUUGACAACGGUAACUUUCGUAGAAAAAGGAAGCGCAGGUCUGACUCCAGCACAGGUGUUGCCAGCAACGCGAAGCCGGAGGAGGACCGACAGCUCGCAGGGAUCAAGCCCACAGACAGCCCUCACCUCACCGGACCCGCGUCUCCUGACACGGACGCGGCCAGCGACCGCCACAAGGGCCCGUCCCCCGCCGGCGCCCCGUGCUUCAACAGCUUCUUCAACAGCAUGUCGGCCUUAAGCUCGUCCUCGGCUCCGGCCGGCAGACAAGGCUCCCUGGGGCUGGUGAACGAACUCUCCAGCCGAAACAUCAGCGCGCUGAGCCCGUACCACGCGAGCUCGGCGCCCGAGGCCGGCGCAGCGGGAGAGCUGCAGGACAGCGUGCACGUCAACCGGGGGAUGUACUAUAACUCUUUCACCGGCGGCCAGAGCUCGCAGUUCAACGGACACUUCUACAACAGUUUUAGCGUGAACAGUCUCAUCUACCCUCGAGACGGAACGGAGUUAUGAAUCUGUCGCGCCCGUGAACGCGAAAAACAAAGAAUUAUUGUUGCGACGCCGUGCGUGAGCUGCUGAAGCGCGACGGGACGGCGUUGAUUUAAACGCGACACUGACGCGCUGACAGCCACCAAAAUGAGUGAAAACUGGUGUAAAACACAUUUAUUCUGUGAAAAAAACAACAACAACUCGUGCGUUGGAUUCUUUUUGUCUUAACAAGUUUUCAUAUUUUGUGCCAGUUUUUAAAUAUGCACUAAUUCAAAUGGAUUUAACCUUUUAGUUUGAGUUUAUAAUAGUCUUAGAUCGAUGGAGGGAUUGCUUUGGUAUCCACGAUUGCCAAGAUUCAGUAUUGUCCAAUAUCGAAAAACGUUCUUUGUCUCCUUUCUUGCUUUCUGUUGUGUGUUUUUUUUUUUUUGUACAUGCCGUUGUUUUGUUAUAUACACUUGUUUUUAACUAUUUAUAUUAAGUUAUGUAUCUUGCAGUUUGUCCUUUAAAGAUAGAAAUAUGUGGUAAGCUACUAUGAAUGGUUAAAAAUGAAACCUGUACCAGCAAAGUAAGGUAAUAAGUGAAUUAUCGAUUGUCAUCAUGCCACUA